AUGAAGGGAAUGGAAUUAGGGAUUGGAUCAAAUAUUUUAAAUAAAGUUAUUUCCGAAAUAUCAGGAUGUGAUGUGGCUUAUGCUGCUAAAGUUUCUGUUCGAACUUUAAUUGACCCGACAUCUUUAACUAUUGAUGGUGUUUAUAAUACCCUUUGUUCAAUAUUAAAAUUAAAAGGUUCCGGAACAGUAAAACAAAAAAACUAUUUAGUUACAAAAUUAUUGGUAUCAUGUAAAGGUGAAGAAAUUAGAUAUUUGACUAGAACUUUAAUACAAAAUUUAUGGAUUGGUGCAGUAAGAACGACUUCUAUGAUUGCUCUCGCUCGAGCAUUAAACCAUUAUCAUCAUCUGGAACAUUCGGUUCAUCUGGUAUUAUGGAAAGUGAUAAAUUCAGGAGUUCUUUAA